AUGGCAACAUCAGACUCCAGCAAGGCGGCGUCGCUCGCAGACCUUCCCCCCCUCAAUGAAGCCCCAAGCGCCGACCGCACCAAGUUGUUCCGUCAGAAACUCCGAUUGUGCUGCGUGGUCAUGGACUUUGGUGAACCGCGCAAGCAUUUGCGCGAAAAGGACGCGAAACGACAGGCGCUGUUGGAGCUCGUGCAGUUCUUGUCGGAUGGAAAGGUGACGUGGAGUCCGCAAGUCGUGGAAGAUCUCAUGGCGUGCGUCGAAGCAAACAUCAUCCGGCCCCUCGGCGGCAAAAGUCGCGGCAACACUAAGGACGGCGGUCGCAUCGAAGGUGUCGAAGAAGACGAACCGGUGUUAGAAGAAGCGUGGCCACAUUUGCAACUCAUUUACGAGCUGCUGUAUCGAUUCGUCCUGUCCAAGGAAGUGGACACCAAGUCCGCCAAGGAGUACUUUAGCAAGCGCUUCAUGCUGCAACUCCUCAACCUAUUCGACUCAGAAGACCCCCGGGAGCGCGACUACCUCAAGACCAUUUUGCAUCGACUGUACGGCAAGUCCAUGGCGCUGCGGUCGUUCAUUCGCCGCUCCAUCAACAACAUGUUCUUCACAUUUGUCUACGAGACGGAGCACUUCAAUGGCGUCGUGGAGCUCUUGGAAAUCCUCGGCAGCAUCAUCAACGGCUUUGCGCUUCCACUCAAAGCGGAACACCAAAAGUUUUUGGAAAAAGCGCUGAUUCCACUGCACAAAGCGGCCAAUGUGGCGCAAUACCAUCAGCAACUGGCAUACUGCACGACCCAGUUUGUGGAGAAGGACCCGGCCACGGCCAAGCCUAUCAUCCUGGGGCUCCUGCGCUUCUGGCCCGUCACGCAAAGCACGAAAGAAAUUCUGUUCCUGAACGAGCUAGAAGAAAUCAUGGAACUCAUUCAACCCGAACAAUUCGCAGAGGUCAUGCGGCCGUUGUUCCUUCAAAUCUGCCGGUCCAUUACGAGUCCUCAUUUCCAGGUUUCCCAGCGGGCAUUGUACCUGUGGAACAACGAGUCUCUCGUCAACUUGGUGGCCGUCCAUCGAGUGGAAAUUCUGCCGCUGAUUUUUGGUUCGCUUUACCGUAACUGCGACAAGCACUGGAACACGACGGUUCAAAGUUUGACGUUCAACGUUCUCAAGCUGUUGAUGGAGAUGGACUCGCAACUGUUUGAUCAAUGCUCCGCGCAGCUGGACGAAAGGGAAGGCAAGCAGCAGCAUACGUGCGAGGAACGUCGCCGGAAGUGGCUCCAGCUCGAGACACGCGCGUCCCUUGUACUAUGA